AAAAUCAAAACAAAAACACGUCAGCUGAUAGAUUUCACAGAUUUUUUGCCUAAAUAUUUUAAUUUAUCUUCUUGAAGACUUAAAAUGGACUUAAAAUCAUUCGGUGAGGAAGAGUUUGAUACAAAAAAAUGGAUCAACAAAGCUUGGAGUACCAGCGGGAAUCAGGACAAAGAGGUAUUUGUCGCAAAUACAGUGUCAAGACUUCAGCUUUACAUGAAGCAGUUGACCAAUUCUCUGGAUGAGACCACCACACAGAUAGUGACAUCAAUUCCGCGGGUGCUCCAGUCCGCGUCCAGCCUGCAGGCGGAGGGCGCGCUGCUGCAGCAGACGUUGCUGUCGCUGGAGCAGAAGGUGCUCGCCGUGGAGGAGGAGACGGGGCAGUCCAUCUCGAGCCUGCAGCGGAUUGAUCAGCUCAAGACAAGGCUGGAGAAUGCAGCCACAGCGCUCCGCUCCGCCGACAAGUGGGCCGUGCUGGCGCGCUCGCUAGACCGGGUGUUGGAGGCCGGCGUGCCACGUGACCAGCUGCCCGCCCUGGCCGACCAGCUCACCGCCAUCACCACCAGCCUGCAGAUGCUAACCGACGACCCCGACUACGAGUCCAAGCGGCUGCAGCUAGAGACCUUAUACAGCCGCUGCGAGGCGGCUGCCAGUGCGCCGCUGGCGGAGGCGCUGGCGCAGCGCGACGCCGAAAAGACAGCCGCCUACGUAGCCCUCUACAAAGCGAUGGGUCGCACGAACUCCUUACUCCGCGCCUGGCGCCGAGCAGCGGCUUCUAGCGCUGCAGCCGAGUGGCAGCGGUUGGACGCUCCCAGUCUUGCAGCGCUUCAAGCGACGUUGCAACAUAGCUGCAGUACUCAGGUGGAAUGGCUCUCAGACGUGCUGCAGUGCGAGACCCCACUCGCAGAGCUGGUGCGUCUCCACACCGACCUGCUGCUGUCGCUGGAGCCCGCGCCGAGCAAGGUAUUGUCAGCGAAUCUGAAGCUCUGUGGGACGCCCCAGGAAGGCAUUGAGUUUCUGAUUGAUACCAGAACUGAGCUGGACCAGUUGAAGAACAUAUUCACUGCACUGUUGGAAAACACACGACACGAAAUAGUACAGCCGACAAUAAUAAAAGAGCUAGGCAGAGCCAUCUAUGGGCCGCUUCGGGAACUACUACCUAAGUACAGCGAUCUACAGACACAGGCGUUCAAUAUGCAAGUCGACACAUUAGAGCAGGAUCAGGAAGACCUUCUAGAACGUUCGAGAUCGUUCCAGAACCUGGUAGAACGCAGCGAGGGCUGGCUGAGCGCCGCGCACGCCGCCGCCAGGAACAUCGCCGGUGGCGCCAUCUACCCGCACUUUGUGCCCGCUGUUGAGGCCUUCACCUCAACCCUAACAAUGAAGAUCUCGUCCCACUCGCGCCGCAUCGAGACCGAGUUCCUCUCAUCAUCAGCGUCAGGGUCUGGCGGGGUGCUGUCCAGGGCGUUCCCUGGAGCCCUAGCCCUGGCUGCGGCGGCGCAGGCCUUGUUGGGCAUCCUGGCGGCUUUGCUGAGCGGGAUUCAUGAGCAGAUGGCUGAGGGCGAGAAAUCCUACAACCCCCUGCAAAACGUAGAAGACCUGCUCCUAGACGACAGUCACCGUCAGCGGCUGACAUCCCUCCUCAACGCGUCAGAACCCAUCGCCAGCGUGGCAGCGCUGCGGAGGGAGAGCCAGACGUUGAAGACCCUGGCUGUGAAUAUACUGAGGGACCCUGUGCAUCGGCAGUUGGACAAAGUCCCCUUGCUGCCGGUGUGGAGCGACAACGACGCGCUCUCCACCGACCUGCCGGACUUCGCGCUGUCGCCACAGGAGUAUAUGACGCAGAUCGGCCAGUACCUGAUGACGCUGCCGCAGCACCUGGAGAUGCACCUGGCGGACGCGCAGGCGCCCUUCGUGUACUUGAGUGAGGUCUGCAAUCACACGUGCACAAGCUACGCAGAAAAGAUCAUCCAGAUAACCAACAUGGACGCUCUCGGCACGCGGCGCUGCCUCACCGACAUCCAGUACCUGUGCAGCGUGGUGGAGGACCUGGGGGGGACGGUGCCGCCACAACUGACUAACCUGGAGCGGUCGCUGAGACAGUGAAGAAGAAACCAGGCUGAAAAAUAAAGUUUCCAUAGCCAGUGAAAAGUUGGCUGUUUGAGACUGUUUCCGUAGCCAUAAAAAAUACUUCAUCUUUAUGGCACAUUUUGACAGGUUGCUGCUUUGUUUUGAACAUGGAACAUGCUAUUGUG